AAUAAGGACACGGUUCCUGCACGAGGUUUCAUUCUCACUUUUUAUUUGCAAGUGUGCUUUAGGAGCACAGCUGUCUAAAAUGAGCUAAUUGUCCAAACAGGAUUUUCUUCUUGUGUGUGUUUGCGCUGGAUUUAUAAACUUUCUCAGCAAAUGUUUUCAAGGGGCCCUUUCUCAUGUGCCAAAGACGACAUGAUUUACUUGCUCAGAUGGACUGUUUUCCUGUGGAUCGUAAAUUCCAUUCGUUUGACUUCAGGAAUGACAGUGAAUGAGAGAAUAGAUCAUACCUGUCCGUCGAUAAAGCUGGAAGAAAAAUGGUAUACCAGUGUCAGCACCCAUAAAGAAUUUACAGGAUUUGAUUUAGCCGAGAAGUUUCUUCUUCGAAAAGGCACAGUGACAGAAAACAGGGCAUUGUUUAAACUGGGGAGUAAAGCUCUUUAUAAAUCCACAGAAUUGGUGUUCCCUGGUGGACUUUCUCACGAGUACUCGAUUAUUACAACCUUCCGGUUAAGAAGAACCACAAAGAGAGAUCGAUGGUUUGUUGUGCAGGUGUUUGAUAAAGACGGAGACACACAGGUGUCAUUAAUAGUAGAUGGGGCUAAAAAGUCUGUGGAGUUUUUAGCUCAAGGUUUUCUGAAGAACAGCCUCCUGUAUGUGUUCAAAAACCGAGACCUGCACGCCCUAUUCGACCGCCAGUUUCACAAGCUGGGUGUUUCUGUUGAGAGUAAUGCUGUUACUGUCUAUCUGGACUGUAAACUGAUCGAGCGUCAGGUGACCGCCGAAAGGGCCGGCAUGGAUCUGAGCGGUCGCACCUUUAUCACUACACGUGUGGAAGAUGGCCGUCCGGUGGAUAUUGAGCUUCAGGAGAUUCUGAUCUUAUGUGAUGCUAGAAUAUCUGACCUGGACAGAUGCUGUGAUUCUCCUGAAGUGACAUGUGAACCCAUAAUAACCCACAAACCAACAGCGGCCCCACUGGUCACCGGAUACUUCCACCGAAUGCUUUCCCUGCCAGCCCAGCAGCCCACAGAUCGAUGCCACUGCCCUUCUCUAAAAGGAAAUCGAGGACUUCUAGGUAUGGCAGGACAUUUUGGACAAAAAGGAGAUACGGGUUUGAAAGGAGAUCCUGGACCUCAAGGGCCACCUGGUGUUAAAGGUGAUAAAGGAGACCCUGGCACAUCAGGUCUGGGGACUUUCUCGGCUGAAAAGCAAGGUCAGAAGGGAGACCAGGGCCUGCAAGGUGAUCCUGGAGAAAAGGGAGACGCUGGGUUGCCCGGUCAACCAGGAGCAGAAGGGAAGGAAGGCAAACGGGGGCGACGAGGAAAACCUGGAGAACCCGGGACUCCGGGAACACCGGGUCCUCCUGGAACGUGUGAUGUUAAAGUCAUUAAGGGAGAGAAGGGCGACCCGGGCAUCACAGGAAUGGAUGGGCAAAAGGGCGGAAAAGGAGAUCCUGGUUUGCCUGGCCAGGAUGGAGUUGAUGGAAUAAAGGGGCAAAAGGGUGAAGAAGGUCCCCGUGGACCGCCGGGCCCAGUCAUGACAGCACAUGGCCUGAGACUUUCUGGAUCUGGGGAAUCAGGUGAGAAAGGCCAGAAAGGAGAUCAGGGUGAAAGAGGUUUUGAAGGCCCACGAGGACUGAAGGGGGAUACUGGAUUGCCUGGGCCAAGUGGGACACCAGGACCUGAGGGAAAAGUGGGCCCACCUGGUCCCAUUGGACUACGUGGUCUUCCAGGAGACAUGGUAAGUACUUCACCUAUUAGUGAUAUGGCAAGCAUCCCUAUUUCUAUUAAUUACUAUGAGGGUUUGGGAUUUAGUGCAUUUUCCCGACCGACAACUGCAGCUUGUUAA